CCCUUCCGAACUACCAUUCCCGGUAGGCAGCGCGACGCACGUCCUUCCGCCUUUCUAAAGAGAGCGGGGUGUCGGAAUUCCCAGGGUGCAACGCGGAAAGUAAGCAAAGUAACCCGCUGAGCGGCGCCUCCUUCAUGGUGAAGGAUCCUGCGGUUCCAGAAUAUCAGCUUCAGGGGCUGGGAUGUUCGCCAUUCCCUUUCGGCUGCUCUCCAUCCCACCACAUGGCAGAUGUUUCCAAACCAGAUUUCCUCUACAUCGCUGCAAGGGAGGCCUGGCUCUGCAUUAUCCCUCUGGAGUAUUGAAAAUGCGGCAGCCCUGUGAUCCAUGGACUCUGAGUGUUUGUGCAGCCCAUCCCCGGUGGCUGGGUACUUUAGCUCAUUCCCAGGAGCAGAAGUCUAGCCUUGAAGGUAUGAAGCACUUUAGACUGAUUUACAGGUUCCCAGGAAUCCGGUACUGCAGGGCUCUUUCAAGGCUGAAAUUGCUGCAAACGGCUCUCACCCUAUUGAUUCUCCCCCCGGUUUGGGUUCUCUACUGGCAGAACCAAGUUCCUCCCAGCCUUUGCCUUUACUGCACAGGCAUUGCUUGCUUUGCUGCCGCCAUGCUCUACGGGAUGAGCUUCUACCUCCGGCGGAUCAUUGGCUUGAUGUACCUGAGCAAGGACGGCACGCUGUUAAAAGUCUCACACCUGACCUUUUGGGGCAAGAGGAAAGACAUCUAUUGCCCAGUGGAAACCGUGAUGACUUUGGGGGACGUUGGCGAAGAUGGGAACGACCUGCUGCUCAGGUUCCAGCAAUACAACAGAGAGUCCUUUUUGUAUUUUUCCCUCCGCCUGGGGAAGAUUGUGGACCCAGAAGGAUUUGCAAAAGUGUUUGGGCAAACUGAGUAAUGAGGUUUUGGAACGGUUUUUGGAAGUUCACUAUGACUCCUGCUGCAGUGCAGAAUUAACGCAGUUUGACAUUGCUUGAACCAUCAUGGAAUCCUGGGAUUUGUAGUUUGCUGUGGAACCAGAUCUCUCUCUUAAGAGAAAGCUAAAUAUCUCAGAAUUCCACAUCAUUGAGCUAUGACACCGGUGUCAAAAUACAUUAAUUCUGCAGUGUAGAUGCAGCCUAUAUGACCUUUGAGUCAGGAUGCACUCUUGCGUACUUAGGAUAGUGUUGAAUUGUGAGACAGACUCUUUGUGAGGCUGGGAUUUGUUGUCCUAGACCAAAGGGGGGAAAAUGAGGCAAACAUAAAAGUGUGCUAAAUAAACCAUUUGCAGAGCCUCUUCA